AUGGCAGAGCCAGAAUUGACUCCACCACCUGCCCCAAUAAUAAAAUCCUCGAGUUCCAGCGAGGGAGACUGGACAUGCGACGAAUGCGGGAACAACAACUUUGCCAGGCGAAAUUCCUGCAACCGAUGCAGCAAGGGGCGGGCACCUGCGAAGAAGCGCAAACUAGGAACCGAAAUAGGCAAAGCAGCAGCUGAGAAGAGCCGUGGUCUAUUCAGCGCAGAUGAUUGGCAGUGUAAUAAAUGCGGGAAUGUAAACUGGGCCAGGAGACAGUCCUGCAAUGUAUGCAACGCACCUAAAUUUGGAGAGGUUGAAGAGCGAACUGGGUUUGGAGGCGGCUAUAACGAUCGAGGCGUGGUUGAAUAUAAAGAAAGAUGUGAUUCAGAUGAUGAGUAUGAUGAGUUUGGUAGAAGGAAAAAGCGAAGGAGUCAUAGAGGGUCUAGUGAGGAUGAGAAGUAUGAAAAGGUUGUACAGAAAGAUAAUGAGAAUGAAAAUGAGGAAGAAGAAGAAGAGGAGGAGGAAGAUGAUGAUGGAGACUUGUCUAAGUAUGAUUUGUCAGAUUGGGGGAUGUAA